AUGUCAGAAAAUAUAAAUCCUACAAAAUCAGCCGAUGGCAAUUCCUCGGAUUCGUCAGUUGUGGAACAGGAGCAGCCCACAGUAACGACUCAUACGACCUCGAGACAUAAAACGCAAAAGGAUUUGGAAAAGGAUGAUAUUUUGAGGAAGUUACAAGGACUUGCGUCAGGAGAUAAACUGUUUUUCAAGAAAACGGCGCUCGGGCACCAAGUUUCGAACGCCGAUGCCCCGACGUCGAAUGAUUUUGUGGAAUCUAGAUUUGUAUGUUGGAUAUACGACCGAAUGAGCAUAUACCUGAUAGUAAACCUGAAGCCAUACGGUAGACUGAGAUUCAAAUACGGGGACCUGUACGAGAUGGCACUCGCACACGACCUAUUCUUCCAUAAGAUGGACAGUAGGUACAUUAAAAUAAUCAAGUCGGAUCACGGACUCGGAGGAAAGAAGACAGAUCAGACGAAAACGCGACAAGACACAGCUGACAUGGAAAUGUUCCCACAGUCAGCAUCGCAUAAAAGUGAUGUCGAGUCACUAAAACAGAAAAUUGUCAACUCCGACUUUAAAAACAGGCCAAUGCCACCGGGCAUAGAUGAGUUCUUUAAGUGUAAAUUCACAAACAAAAAUGACCUCGUAAAGAAACUGAGGAGAAAGAUAAGAUCAAACAAGAGCAAGUUCAUGGAAAUGACGAGUGACGCAAAGGAACUCCGCCUAAUACUGACCCAGAACGUGCGAGCGUACGAGGUCGAGAUAGUGAGCUACAUGAUGGACCUGGACCCGUGGGCGUACAGCAGCAACAAAGAAGAUAAGCCCAGCGACCAUAAGAUAAAGGAGAUAGUGGAAAGGUACAAGGACGCAGUGAAGAAUCCAGCGUACGUGGAGUUAUACAGAAAGUGGCGAGCACAAAAUAAGUCAUAG